AUGAAUGAGAAGAAGAAGGGCUGGUGUGGAGUCGCAUGGGAUAAAAUUAUGUGCUGGAACGAAACCAAGCCAGGCACAGUUGUCACGGCACCAUGUCCUGGUUACAUCGAGUUCUUUAACACUUCAGAGUUCGCAGAGCGCACGUGCACAGAGAAUGGCACCUGGUGGACGCACCCUGUCCACAACACCACCUGGACAAACUACAACUCCUGUGUCAUACCCAGCUCAAAGACCGGAACUCAACCUACGAUUGAGGCUCACAAUCUGGUGCUGUUGUAUACUGUAGGAUACAGCGUAUCGCUGGCGUCUUUAAUUGUAGCUGUGGUCAUUAUGUUAUAUUGGAGACGACUCCACUGUAAGAGCAACACCCUGCACAUCAACCUCUUCAUGGCAUUCAUCCUCAGGGCCUCCAUGUCCUUCAUGAAGGACCGCCUCUUUGUUGGGGGUCUGGGGCUGCCUCAGGACGUCCGGCGGGGGGAGGAGGGGAAGCUCAUAUUCCUCGAGGAGGGACCGCACUGGGAGUGCCGGACUCUCUUCGUCCUCCUCAUGUUCGCCAUCUCAGCCAGCCAAACCUGGAUGCUGAUGGAGGGACUCUACCUGUACCUGCUUGUACACAAAACCAUGGCAACAGAACGGCUUGGCGUCAAACCCUACAUCGUCCUCGGAUGGGUUUUGCCGUGGACGUUUUUAAUCCCAUGGAUUGUUAUCAAGGCGGUCUUUGAAAACGAACUGUGCUGGAAUAUGCAGUACAAUGCCGGGUACUUUUGGGUGAUGAAAGGUCCAUGGACAGCCAUCGUUGUUAUCAACUUUUUCUUCUUCAUGGACAUCAUACGAGUCCUGGUCACUCGUGUCCGCAACAACCAACGUCACGUGGGGAGGUCACAGUACAGAAAGUUUGGCAAAUUUAUCCUAGUGCUAAUCCCACUUUUUGGGAUAAUGUACAUCGUCUUGAACGUCGCCUUCCCGUCAGAGGUCUACACCAAAGACUACAACGUCAUUUACCUGUACGUUGAGAUGGGGUACAAUUCCUUUCAGGGAUUUAUUUUGGCGCUGCUCUUCUGCUUUUUAAACGAGGAUGUACAUACAGAGAUGAGGCGAUCCUGGCAGCAGCAUCGGUCCCGACGGUACAACAGCACCGUCUUCAACAGGUCGCUGGCCCAGAGCUCAUGCCACCGCGCCUCCCGCUCCCCCGGGCCAAACUCUCCCGUCAUACAGCGAAACUCCGACAGCGGCGGCAGCCGGAAGAAGUACAACAUCCGGGAUGUGGAGAGACCCCGGCUGCAGCAGUCUCUCUCCGUGCAGUCCACCUACCUCUCUUCGUCGGCCGCGUACCACGACGCCGACGGCACCUGCCACAGGUAUAAAGCCUGCGCCGUCGGGGAGGUCAACUCUACUGCAGCCUGCCGUAACGGCAGCAACAAUAACGUCAGCGCCACCAGCUCCAUUCCGGUUGACUUCAAGCAGAGGUUGAGGGCAUUUUUUGAAUACACUUGA